GAAGCGACGUUUCAGUGAUGCUAGCAGCUAACGAGCCGCUGCGGAGCUCGGCUGCAGUUUGAACCCUCUGUUAGAGAUGAUUUGAUGUCACUUUCAAGCCGUGUUCAGGUGGACGGAGCUUUGUGGAGUCUGAGAGCUGUCUGCGGAGAUUCAACACACGCACUCACCGCGGUGUCCAUCCUUAGAGGACGCUCCUGUGCGCUUUACGUGGCUGUAUGAUGCCAGCGGAGAAGCUGGCUGCUAGUAGUUUGUUUCUCUCAAGGCAAAUUAAUCCCACAGCGUGUUGAUCCCUGCAACAUCCGAUGGCGCUAACGUCAAUCCGGUUAGGUUUAAAGUGACUCAACUCGGUCACUCGUAUAAUCGGUUAGCUGUCGAGUUAGCCUUUAGCACUGGACCUCUCACUGUCUGUGUCCCUGAUGAUUCACCUGGCUGACUGAUCGAUGGGGUGUCUGAGGAUCAUGGUGCCGUCUAGGAUCCAGCUGCUGGCUGUUUUGGCUUUUGGAGUGGCGAUGCUCUUCAUCGAGAACCAGAUCCAGAGUCUGGAGGAGUCACGAGCCAAACUCGAACGUGCCAUUGCCAGACAUGAGUUAGCUGAAGUGGAGCAGCGUCACAGCGAAAGUACCGGGCGGGAAAUCUCUCCACUGUCAGAAAAUGAUGACAUGGUCGUCAUCUACAACCGAGUGCCCAAGACUGCGAGCACAUCCUUCACUAACAUCGCCUACGACCUGUGUGGGAAAAAUCACUUCCACGUCCUACACAUCAACACGACCAAGAACAACCCUGUGAUGUCUUUACAAGACCAGGUGCGCUUUGUCAGGAAUGUCACCUCAUGGAGAGAGAUGAACCCGGGCUUCUUCCACGGCCAUGUAGCUUAUCUGGACUUCUCAAAAUAUGGCGUGCGGCGGAAGCCCCUGUACAUCAACGUGCUGCGAGACCCUAUCGAGCGCCUGGUGUCCUAUUACUACUUCCUGCGAUUUGGAGACGACUACAGACCUGGCCUUCGCCGAAGAAAACAAGGAGACAAAAAGACCUUUGAUGAGUGUGUGUCAUCGGGGGGGUCUGACUGUGCUCCUGAGAAGCUCUGGCUCCAGAUCCCCUUCUUUUGUGGCCACCAUUCAGAGUGUUGGAAUGCAGGCAGUAGAUGGGCCCUGGAACAGGCCAAACACAACCUGGUGAAUGAGUAUCUGCUGGUUGGGGUAACUGAGGAGCUGGAGGACUUCAUCAUGAUCCUGGAAGUAACACUGCCACGCUUCUUCAAGGGCGCCACAGAGCUCUACAGGACAGGGAAGAAGUCCCACCUGCGAAAGACUACAGAGAAGAAGCCUCCCACCAAGGAGACAAAAGCCAAGCUGCAGCAGUCCAACAUCUGGAAAAUCGAAAAUGAGUUUUACGAGUUUGCACUGGAGCAGUUUCAGUUUGUGCGUGCACACGCUGUCAGGGAAAAGGAUGGGGAACUUAAUGCCCUGGGCCAGAGCUUCUUCUAUGAAAAGAUCUACCCCAAAGUGAACUGAAUAUGGAGCCAGAAUAUAGUGACAAGGGCUGUGCGGACAAAAACCCUAUUACAAGUCGUAUACACUGGGACACAAAGGGACACAUGAAUGCUGGAAUUAUUGUUCCUGUACUUCCGCUUUUUCAUUUUUUUUAAUUAUAGCCCUGUUAAAGUACAGAAAGGUACUGUACUGUGGGAUUUCUAUGAGGAAUGUGUUGAGUUUCUCUUAUUGCUGUGCAGCUGUUGAGGAAACCUAACAUGGAUAAAGUGUCAGUCUGAGCUGUGAGACAGAAUCACCGCUCAUACGCUGAAUGUGCUGCAUCACAAGAGCCAAACACAUGAUGAUUGUUAAGUCAUGUGUCUUUGUUUCUUGGUUGGAUCAUUGGAUCGAUAAAAACAACUCAAACCUCAACUAGUUCGGAGUUUAAAGUUUAAAAUUACAUUUAAAUGUGUUGUUUUUUCCAUUGCAAAUUGAAACAAACUCAUUUGUUUUAGUAUGUUUUUUUUACAGCUUAGUUGCACCGGUUUAUAAAUGACAUAGGAUGUUACUGUUACAAAACGCAACAUAAGAAACAAGCUGCGGUCAUACACACUGCAUUAACCCAGUGUUGUGCUUUUGGACCAAAUGAUAGUAACAGAACAUAGAUUGAAUCACUGCAUCCUGUGGAUUUGAAUAGUACAUUUUUUAUCCCACUGAGAUGUUUUACACAUUGUGUCAGUAUUUUAUCACAGAUAUGAUGACGUGCAUCUUUGAUAUAACUGAUUGCUGCUGUUUUUUAACCUGUGGAUAGAGCACAUUGAGCUGGAUGAAGUUACUAAUCAACAGUCAAAGGAUUGUUUGUACAGGGUUAAAUGGAUAUUUGUCUUGCUCACAGGGUUCUUUCCUGCAGUGUGCAACAAGGGGAGAGGUGGAAGCGAUAGUGCCUUUAAUGCCAUAUAUAACACACUUUUAUUGUUUUAAAUUUUCCAGUGAUCUCACAAUCAUGUUUUCUCUUAAUUUGUGUAUUUACUUAAUUCUUCAAUUCAUUUCCUUAUUUUUGCUCUGUUUUGCACUUACCACAUUAACAGCUUAAAUACAAAAACGUUCAUAUCUCCAGUGUUUCUAUUUUUGCUUUUGAUUGUGUCUAAUGUGUAUGUUUGUGUCCUGUGAAUUAAGUUGGCACUGAUGAGCAGAAGGACACUUUAGUUAUCACUGCACUCUUAAUGGCACUAUUCAGUCUUGAACAAGCAUCUUUUUUUUUUUUAUAAUUUACCAUUUGCUCCAAAAUAACUGGUUCCUAAAUUGUUCAUUGCAUAUAUUAAUGGCAUUGUUUGUUAGAUUGCUUGGAUGAUGAAAGGUUUGUUUGACAUGUUGAACAUCAGGAAGUUAAGGCUGAAAAUCACAGAUUGUUGUUGCACAGUAGACAAAAUCGGUUUAAACUGACAAUUCUGACAAGAAUUUGACAUUGACAUUGAAUAUACCAUCCUAUGCUCCUUUUUCAAUACUUCUGAGGAACAAUACACACUUCCAUUUUUUUUUUUAAACUGACCACGUAUGUAAAGUAGGCCUUCAUUAAUGUAUAGAUAAUUGCUGGUUUAAUCGUAACUGUUUUACUGAAUAAUUGAUGCUAAGCUAGCAGCUCCAAGUUUGCACUGAAGCAAAGCUUUGAGGUAUGCAAACAUGUUCCAGUCACUAAUAUGCUAGUGUUAAGCUGAUAUAAUAUUACAUUUGUUACCAAAAAACAUGGCACGUUAGCAUCCUAACUUCGCUAAUUAGGACAAAACUCAAAGUGUAGUUAGAGCUGAUGGGAUGAGAUUAGUUUUUCAGCAGUUUGGUUGUAAACACAAAGAGUUUGACAAAUUAGAUGAUGGCACUGGAGGAAAAGACAGGACAUAAAGUCAUUACAAUAUGUGCGCUGAAUAUUUUAUGGCAAUUCAUCCAAUAAUUGUUUCAACAUCUCACUCAAACGAGAAAUGUAAAAGGUGGUGGUGGCAGGUCAAGGUUGUCAAUUAAAAUCAGGGGCUGAGGAUACCAAUAGUCUAAAACCUAAAGAUUUAAAAUAAAAAGCUAAGAAUCA